UGACAGCCGAAGAAAAAUCGUGUCGCGACAGAAUUGAUUGGAAAAAGAUUAAAGAAACCUUCUAAACAAUGCAAUAUUUUGGGGGGUUUUCCUGUAAUAAAAGCAGUUAUUCCACUUGCACUUUUUGGAUACGAGGUGAUUUUAACCAUUAGCCCUUGUUCACGGUUAGCUUUUCGCAUUUGCAUUACACACACAAGUCGGCAUGCAUAUGACGCAAUUCUGGGCAGUUCUUUUUCCUCGCAUCAAUCCACCCUCUUGAAUAGAGCUAUUCAGCGCUUGGUUUACUAUCCAUAUUCUCCUAUCCUAUCGAGAUUGUAUAGUAAUAGGCCAGUGUCAAUAUAUUCAAAUUCUCUCAUGGCGCUAAGGCUAAGGGGAAUGGUUUGUUCAGCCUCGAUUUGAGCUCUUUUUAUUUUAGUCCUCGGUGCCUCGGAGUCAUGUUCUUUCAUUUAACUCGAAUGAUUCAUGCUCACGCUUUAGAGGCUAUGUUAUGAGGUAAAUUUACCACACCGCAAAAAAGUCAUGUCAUUAAUUAUUUACUUACAGUCUUAAAUCAUCUCUUCGCCCAAAUUGUUUAUUGUUAUUAAUAUUGCGAAACAGGAAUCGUGAUGAUGUUGGUGCACUCGCUGGUUCUUGUUUUGGCCAGUCUCACUUUUUGCUUCGUGCAGAGCGGGAAAGGGCUUGUGGAGCCACUCGGGUGUCCAGAAUGUUAUGCCGAAGGAGAAAAUGCUCAGGAGGAUUGUGAGAACAACCUUACCUUUGAGGAUUGCAAGAGAAAUGAGGUUUGUGCGGUUGGCAGCUUCAAGAAAGGUGACGGUUUUGAAUUUCAUCGUGGAUGUGUGGCCAAAACCGAAUACCAGCUACACAAAGCUUAUUGUAAAGCCAACAAAGGAUCUUGUGUCGUAGCAAUGUGCAAAAAGCCAAACUGUAGACCUGAGCUUCCUCUCUCUGGAUGACUGUGUAUACAUUCCUGUGUAAAGAGGGAGAAAUGGGUACAAUAAAAGCUAUGUAACUAUA